AUGUCUGUAAGAGACAAAUGGGUCCGCCGGUUUUCUGUUGAUGAAACGGCAAAACACAAUAAUGGUUUUACAAUAUACAAGAUCACGUCUGUGUUAUUCCCGAUCGAGUCACCAGAAGCAGUGACAGUUAUAUCAGUAUGGAAGAGAUACAGUGAUGUCCAACAACUUCAUAAGUCAAUGAAGUCGUUACACGCGGGACUUCAUUUACGAGGAGUGUUCCCGAACCUCGCUCGUAAUAGCUUCUUUAAGAGAUUCAGUCCUGAAGUCAUUGAAGAGAGAGCUAAAACAAUCAAGGUUCUUCUUGAGUUUGUAGCGGAGCAUAGAUUAUUGUUUACUAGCACUGAUUUUGUUAACUUUUUACAGACUGGUUAUCCUGAGCCUAAGCCUAUGGGUGUUAUAGACACUAUAAGAUCAUCACUACACCUUCCUAUAGAAGAAACUCCUCCAUUAGAAUACCAAAGUGAUAAUGAAAGAGUUCAAUCAAGUCAAUCACCAGUUAUUCAAAGCGAUAUACAAGACGUAUCACAAAUACCAAUAUACGAAGCAGCCGACGUUGAAAUACGAGAAUCACCAAAGAGUUUAUCAAACAGUUUCGAAUCGAUAACCUCCUUGGAGAGUUUCGACAGUGACAUUUACGAUGACAUUUCAAAAGUCAGCGUUGACAGCCGGGCACAGGUUAAAAAAAACCUGCCUGAUCUUAUUAAUUUCGACGAACCGAGCUGUUCGAAAUUUGAAAAUUAUCAUAGUGUGAGGAAAUAUGACGCUGUCUCAAUGACAUCUGGUUCAAGUUCUCUGUCUCGCUCUAACACAGAAUGUAAGACAAGGACGGAAGAUAGCUAUAUUUUCGAAGCAGGCUAUAUGUUGAAUUUGGCGGCGCGUUGCGAAGAUAUGAACGACUACCAAAGAGCCUUCGAAUGUUACAAAUCUGGUAUAGAGAAGAUGUUGAUUGGAGUUCAGUCGGAUCCUGAUUCUCAUCGGAGAAAUCUAAUAAAGGAGAAAACCCAUAAAUAUCUGACACACGCUGAAGAAAUCUACAACAAACACCUCACUGACAUAGAACACAAGCCUGAGGCCCCGCCGCCUUGCCCUUCCCCUCCUCCCCUCAGCCGUCCCCCCGCGGCCCUCUCCUCAUACAGGGUGCUCGCGGCGCUAGGAACGAGGGUGUUGUUAGUGUUGGACGAUCAUGAUAGAACGUGCUAUGCUAUGAAGGUGAUACAAAAAAUACCCAACAAUCUGACCGAAUUCGACGAAUACUUCCAACGAGGAGACGAGACUCGACAAGUGAUACUACCUUCAGAUGUACCGGGAGUAGUUCAACUACAUUCAUAUAUAGAAACUACUGACCUAAUAUUCCUCAUACUUACAUACACUCCCGGGGUCAAACUAUUCGACUACAUACGAAACCAUUCGAAGUCAACCAACACACUACACAAAGAGGUCAACUUAGAAAACGUGUUCACUGACCCGAUUAACAAGAACACGGGAAUUAACGAAAUUAACGAGUUUAACAGGAUUAACGAUGACGUUAACGAGAAUAUAAACUAUGAUGUAUCGGUCAAAGAAUUGGUGGUUAACUCGCAGAAGUUAUUGAUUAAUGUGGAUAAGGCUUUGACGGAUGACGUCACGAUUAGAAAAAGUGAGGAGGGGGGAGAAAAUAUAGUGGAGGGGGGUACGGACGGCGACACGUAUAAUAAGACUCCUCUGCCUCCCGGCGCCGUCCGUCGCUGGUGUGCGGGAGUACUAGUGGCGAUACACGGACUACACACACAGGGAGUAGUGUGCAGGGACCUCUCCCCCUCCAACGUGCUGCUCUCCAGCGGCGGGCGCGUGUCUCUAACAUACUUCCCCGGCUACGACUCAGCGACCUUCCAGUCCAAGCUACACUCUGUCCCCCGGAGUCGCUCGUUGUACUUAGCUCCUGAACUAACCGCAAGGGUCCCGUGUGAUGAUAACCAUCUCUGUGAUUAUUGGAGCUUGGGAGCUAUUAUGUAUUACCUCAUAUGCGGAUUUCCCCUGUCUACUCAUCACAAUGUAUUCACAAGUCACACCAUACUGUACUUACCUGAGGAGCUAAGUGUUGAAGAGGAGUCUAUACUUACACAGUUACUAACAUACGAGCCAUCGGAGAGGUUGGGUUCCGGAGAAACCGGUGUCGAAGAAAUAAAACAACAUCCAUACUUCAAGAAUAUUGACUGGGAGGAGUUUUAUACACAACAAUAUAACAAUUAA